AUGCGGGUCUUCUUUAUCAAUAACGUCCUGUUUGAGCUCUACCUGUUUGCGUGCCAUCUUAUAGCUCUGUUCGUGCAUUAUGUCAACAUCUACAAAACAGUCUGGUGGUACCCCCCCUCACACCCACCUUCACACACCUCUCUAAACUUCCACCUCAUUGAUUAUAAUAUGUUGGUGUUCACCAUCAUAGUGCUGGCUCGCAGGCUAAUUGCUGCCAUUGUAAAAGAGGCAUCACAAAGUGGGAAGUUGUCCUUCCCGCACUCUGUCUUCCUGGUGACGGCACGUUUUGCCGUUCUGACUCUUGUAGGAUGGAGUCUGUGUCGUUCACUUAUUUAUCUCUUCAAGAUGUAUUCGGUACUCAGCCUGCUCUUCCUCUGCUAUCCGUUUGGAAUGUACAUCCCUUUCUUCCGACUCAGCUGUGACUUCCGGAGGGCUGGAUCCAUGUCCCCAUUGGGCAGCAUGAGUUCUAAAGAGGUGAGCAGUGCUGCUUUGGGCCGUGGGGGACGGGACUAUCUGUCCGUCCUGAAGGAAACAUGGAAGCAGCACACCAGUCAGCUGUACAGUGUUCAGCCCAUGCCCACCCACGCCUGCUGUCUGUCUCCUGACCUCAUCCGCAAAGAAGUGGAGUACCUGAAGAUGGACUUCAACUGGAGGAUGAAGGAGGUGUUGGUUAGCUCCAUGCUCAGUGCCUACUACGUGGCGUUCGUACCUGUUUGGUUCGUCAAGAGCACACAAUAUGUAGAUAAACGCUGGUCCUGUGAGCUGUUCAUCCUGGUUUCUCUCAGUACUUCUGUCAUUCUGAUGCGGCACCUGUUACCCCCCCGCUACUGCGACCUGCUCCACAAAGCUGCCGCUCACCUGGGCUGCUGGCAGAAGGUCGAUCCUUCCCUCUGCUCAAACGUCCUCCAACACAUAUGGACAGAAGAGUACAUGUGGCCACAAGGAGUUUUGGUCAAGCACAGUAAAAAUGUUUAUAAGGCCAUGGGCCAUUAUAACGUAGCAGUUCCCUCAGAUGUCUCGCAUUAUCGUUUCUAUUUUUUCUUCAACAAUCCUCUUCGAAUAUUGAACAUUCUUAUAAUCCUGGAAGGUGCAAUGAUAUUCUACCAGCUAUAUUCACUCAUGUGUUCAGAGAAAUGGCAUCAGAUGAUAUCAUUAGCUCUAAUAUUAUUCAGUAAUUAUUAUGCCUUUUACAAACUGCUCAGAGACCGAAUAGUUCUGGGAAAAGCGUAUUCGUAUUCAGCCAGUGCCUCCAAUCAGAAAGUCAGUUAGACAAGGAUAAAUUAUUGUCGGUCAUCACAGAUGAGCAGAAAACAUGCAUGAGAGCUGUUUAUUUUUUCUACAAGUGCAUUUCUGACUUGCCAUAAAAUAAAAAGGAAUCAU